GGAGCUCCACCUCCUCAUUUGGGUUCCCGGGACUACGGGGAAGCGGUUUGGGAAGCUCCGGCGUAGGCUGGGGAAGCUCCGGCGUAGGCUGGGAAAGCAGAGGUGGCGCAGCUGGGGCGGGAGUGUGGGACCAACCGGGAGGGCAGCGUUUGUGCCCGGGAGCGGGAGGGGAAUAGGGAAGUUUGUGGGAUCUCUGCCCCCAGCGCCAGUGGAUGCGACCCGGUGGGCCCUCGGCUGGGAAGGCCAGUGGAGAAAAGGUGGGACUCCGGCCGCGGGCUCCGGCGGCGGCUGGGGCUGAGCGCGGGUCUGGAGCAGGUGUGCGGUGUUGGCCGCGGUGUGCGGGACGGGAGCUUGGCGCGAGCGGCGGCGGGAGGGGAAAGCGCGUUUGUAACGCGGGCGACAGCGUGCCGGAAAUCCCCGGACAGUGGGUCUGCAUCGAGACCUUGAGCUCUGGAGCUGGAAAAACCCGGCUGAGGCUUCACAGUUCUCUACACUCUCCAAGAGCCACAGAAAAUGAACACAUUUCAGGAUACUGCUUUACAAAACCAGAACUGAUCUUCACGUUGGAGCAAGGAGAAGAUCCAUGGUUAUUAGAGAAAGAGAAGGGAUUUCUAAGCAGGACCUCCCCAGAAAACUCCCAACCUGAUGAAAUCUCAGAGAAGAGUCAAGAAAAUCAAGGCAAAUAUUUGUGGCAAGUUUUAUUCACCAAUAAAUUAUUGACUGCAGAGCAAGAAAUUUCAGGAAAACCACAUAAUCAGGACAUAAACAUUUUUCCUGCCAGAAUGAUGAUGCCUUGUAAAUGUGACACUGCGGGGUCUGCUUACCAGAGUCUGAGCCCACUGGCCCCACACUGUCAAUAUUCAAAAGAAAAGGCUCAUGAGCAUAAUGUAUGUGACAAAUGUCUUGUCAGUAUUAAGGAUGGCAGAACUAACACUCAAGAGAAAUCUUUCACUUACAGUAAAAUUGUGAAAACCCUCAGUCCUAAUGAGAAAGUUAUUCAACAUCAGAUAAUUCAGACUUUGGGGAAGGAUUUUGAAUAUAAUGAAAGUAGAAAAGCUUUUCUUGAAAAGGCUGCCCUUGUUACAUCUAAUAGUACCCACCAUAAAGGAAAAUCUUACAACUUCAAUAAAUUUGGGGAAAACAAAUAUGAGAAAUCAACCUUUAUUAUUCCUCAGAACAUUCAUCAAGAGAAGAGUCACUAUGAGUUUAAAGAUGCUGGAAAUUGUUUCUGUAGGAUCACUCUCAAAACUGAUACAGAAGGGAAAUCUUUCAGCCCAAAGUCACACAUUAGAGACCAUCAUAGAAUUCAUAUAGGGAUGAAACCCUUUGAAUAUGGAAAAAGUUUCAACCAUAAUUCAGCCCUCCCAGUGCAUCAGGGAACUCAUGCAACAGAUAAAUCAUCUGAUUAUAACACAUGUACAGAGACAUUCAGCUACCAGUCAACUUUCAGUGUACAUCAGAAAGCUCACAUAAGGGCAAAACCCUAUGAGUGUAAUGAAUGUGGCAAAUCCUGCUCUAUGAAUUCACGCUUGAUUUGGCCUCAGAAAAGUCACACAGGGGAGAAACCCUAUGAAUGUCAUGAAUGCGGGAAAGCCUUCAGUGAAAAGUCACGCCUAAGAAAACAUCAGAGAACUCACACAGGUGAGAAACCAUAUAAAUGUGAUGAAUGUGAAAAAACUUUCAGUGCAAAGUCAGGCCUAAGAAUACACCAGAGAACCCACACAGGAGAGAAACCAUUUGAAUGUAAUGAAUGUGGGAAGUCUUUUAACUAUAAGUCAAUCCUCAUAGUACAUCAGAGAACUCACACAGGGGAGAAACCUUUUGAAUGUAGUGAAUGUGGGAAAUCUUUCAGCCAUAUGUCAGGCCUAAGGAAUCAUCGAAGAACUCACACAGGGGAAAGACCAUAUAAAUGUGAUGAAUGUGGGAAAGCAUUCAAACUGAAAUCAGGCCUAAGAAAACAUCAUAGAACACACACAGGGGAGAAGCCCUACAAAUGUAAUCAGUGUGGAAAAGCUUUUGGUCAGAAAUCACAACUGAGAGGACAUCAUAGAAUUCACACAGGGGAAAAACCCUAUAAAUGUAAUCAUUGUGGGGAAGCUUUCAGUCAAAAAUCAAACCUCAGAGUCCAUCACAGAACUCAUACUGGGGAGAAACCUUAUAAAUGUGAGGAAUGUGGAAAAACUUUCAGGCAGAAAUCAAAUCUCAGAGGGCAUCAGAGAACUCACACUGGGGAGAAGCCCUAUGAAUGUAAUGAAUGUGGAAAAGCUUUCAGUGAGAAGUCAGUCCUAAGAAAACAUCAGCGAACUCACACUGGGGAGAAACCAUUUAAUUGUAAUCAGUGUGGGGAAGCUUUCACUCAGAAAUCAAAUCUCAGAGUACAUCAGAGAACUCACACAGGGGAGAAACCCUAUAAAUGUGAUAAAUGUGGGAAAACUUUCAGUCAAAAAUCAAGCCUUAGAGAGCAUCAGAAAGCCCACUCAGGGGAUUAAACAUGUGCAUAUAAAGAAUAUGAAAAAACUCUGAGCUGGAAAUCAAACUUCACAAUACAUAAAUGAACCACAGAAGAGAACUGUUAAUGUAGUGAGCAUUGCAAUUUCUUCUACAAUUUCAGCCUCCACCGAACAUCAAAGAACUUAGGAGAUAAAUUGUUGAAAUGUAUUUUACAUGGAAAUUCUGUCAGCCAGAGUGCAAUCUUCCAUGGAUAUUAGAGAGCUCACCCAGCAAAAAAACCCUAUAAAGAUAAUGAAUAUGGAAAAUACUUUUGUGAACUCAUUCCUCAGAAAACUCAUGCUGCAGAAAAGCUCUGAGAAAGUAAAAAUGUGAAAACUUUGUGCCAGCAAUCAAAACUCAUUCAUAAUCAAAGAAGUCACACAAUGAGGAAAGCUAGAAUAUAAAAAGUGUGUGAUAAACUUUAGCCAGAAGUCAGUACAGUAGAAAAUACAUACAGGAUAGAGACCUCAUCGUAUAUUAAGCAAGAAAUGAAGAUAAUGGAUGUGGGAAAUUCUUCUGCCAUGUCAAUCCUCAUUUUAACUUACACAGAGGUAAUCCCUAUUUAAUAACUAUUGAAAUGUUUACUAGUAAUCAUUUUCACUUCUCCCUCAUGCCGCACCUGGCCUAAAUGCUCAACCACUCUAUCAUCUAAAUGGGGUCAUAUUGUUACCCUCUAGCUAAUGGAAUAUUGGGGUCAAUUGCAGACAGGUCUUAAAUACAUCAGUCAAAUUGUCAAUAUUUUCUUCUGUCCCUCAUUAGAAUGAAAUGGAGGAAAACCUUGGGACUCAGGCUCUGACGAUGGAAAACAAGAUUGUAGGAAUCAAGGUCAGAGAAGGACCCUGUGGCAUGGAGUUUUCUCCUCAAUGUACACAGUUGGACUUUUUGCAGUGAGGAAAUAAAUUUGUUCCCUCCUGAGCUUCUAAAGGUCUCGGUAUACUUGAUACUGACAGAAACUCAACAAUACUCACAUAAUAAAACAUAUGAGUAUGAUUUUUCAGGAUGUCUGAACUCAGUGUAUGUCAGAAAAGUCACAUAGAACAAACCUCCAACAGCAUCCUGAAUGACCAUAGCUUCUAUCUCCAAGUCUUACACAUCAGUCAGGUAAUAUCAGACAAAAUCUGACAUUUUAACAAAUGAAGGAAAUUCUUCACACACACACAGACACACACAGUCACACAUACAUACCAAAAAUCCCAUUAAAUAUCUGAUAAUUUAGUUUUGAAUGUGUAAAAGUUUUCAAAAAUUAUCAUAUUUUAUAUCAGAGCUUGUUACAAGGGGAAAAUCUAUCAGUUUGAGAAAGGUAAGUAAAGCCUUUAUCUAGGUAUUGCUAUAUGAGAACUGUUGUUUCAUAUAUAGUAUCAAAACCUUUAAUGAAGUAACAUUGGUAGACAUUCACUAUCAUAAAAAGCCUAAAAUGAACAAGAAAUAAACUGCAUAAACUGAAAAGCAGCGUUGCAAACGUGAAUAUUUUGUGAAUUAUUGUUUAUGUUCGUAUAUGUGCAUGCUACUUAUCAUGUAUUUGUUUUACGUAUCUUAGAACUCAACAUCACUUAAGAGAAUUGUGUUCAUCUUGCUUUAUAACUACUCUGACGUCAGCCACAAUUUGCCACAUGAGUAUUAAUAACAAACCUUGUACAGAAGGGUUUUUACUGAUACCACAUUCCUGUCUCCUGCUGCCUUCUGAUGUGUCUGUCUAGUAAAGGCCAUUGUUACUAAACUGCCUCUUUUCAAAGAAGCCAGUGUCACCAAUACAUUUCUUUCUCUCUCUUCUUUCUCUCUCUCUCUCUCUGUGUGUGUGUGUGUGUGUGUGUGUCUCACACACAAAUAUAUAAGGAAAUUUUAUGUAUAUAUAAUCAUAUAUAAGGAAAUUAUAUAUAUAUAACUUAUAUCACUGAUUCUUUCCUAGCAGUGUUGAGUGUAGUAAUGGACCCUUGGGAGGCAUUCUUCAUUCAUGGUGCUUUGUUUUUCAUUUUUAGCAUUUAAAUUUUAUUAUAGUUUUGACCUCUUUGCCACAGUUCUCUGAUAAGGCAUGUUGUCUGGUUUUCCCACUGGAGUCACUUUAUAUGGCAGUUGGCAUUCUCUCUCAGUUAAACUACUUCUUGGAUCUUCGUUUCUCUCUACAACCACCUAGUUUUCAAGAUAGUUUUUUUUUGCUCUGUGACCUCAGAUACCGGGUGCAUUGAAGAAAAAUUAAAGUCUUCCCAGCUGUCUUCUUGGUUUAUGGAUGGAAGCAGUGCUCUUUCCUGCUCUAUAUUUCUCUGAGUUAUAACUGAACAUCCUCAGUUGUUUUUUGACAAAUGUUCCAGGGUAAUUUGAUGGGGAAAUUAUUAUUUUCAAAAAUGAUGCUAUGAUAAUUGCAUUAGACCAUUCUCACACUGGUAUGAAGAAAUACCGGAGACUGAGUAAUUUGAGUAAUUUGUAAAGAGAUUUAAUUGACUCACAGUUCCGCAUGGCUGAGGAGGCCUCAGGAGACUUAUAGUCGGGACAAGGCAAAGGAGAAGCAGGCACCUUUUUUGCAGGGCAGUGGGAUGGAAUGAGUGCACACAGGGGAAAUGCCAGAUGCCAUAAAACCAUCAGCUCUGAUGAGAUUCACUCACUGUCACAAGAACAGCAUGGGGAAAACUGCCCCCCAUGAUCCAGUUACCUCCAGCUGGUCCCACCCUUGACAUGUGGGGAUUUAGGGAUUACAAUUCAAGAUGGGAUUUUGGUGGAGACAGCCAAACUGUAUCAGUAAUGAUACUUAUAUAUUGUAAAUGCAACUUGAUCUUUACACCAUAAUUUAAGACUUACUCAAAAUAAAUCACAGAUCCAAACAAAAUCACCUAAAGUUCAAAAUUUAUGUUAGAAAAUCAAAGAAACUGACUGGGUAUGGUGGCUCACCUGUGUAAUCCUAGCACCUCAGGAGGCCAAAGCAGGAGGAUUGUUUGAAGCCGGGAGUUCAAGGCCAUCCUGGACAAUAUAAUGAGACCUCAUCUCUACAAAAAAUAAUGAAGCAUAGUGGCACAUGCCUAUACUCCUAGUCCUAGCUUCUUGGGAGGCUGGGGUGGGAGGAUUGCUUGUGCCCAGGACUUUGAGGCUGUGGUGAGCUAUGAUCAUGCCACUGUACUCCAGCCUGGGCAACUGAGCAAGACUCUGUUUCUUAAAGGAAAAAUUAAGAAUGUUUAUAAUACAGACAGUGCAGUUAUAAUGGACCAAAAAAGGAAAAUGUUAAAAUAGAUAUUUCACUAAAGAUAUAUAGUUGGCCAAUAAAUACUAGAAAUAAUGUCCAAAGCUUUGGUCAGCAAGAAAGUGCAUGUUCGUGUGACAGCAGUACACAUCCAUUUCAUAGCUUCUUGUAAAGAUGACAAUACUUUACCUACAACCAGCAAUUUUCAUCUAGGCAUUUACCCCAGAGAAACACAAAGAAUUAUAUGCAAAUGUUCAUAGAAUCUUUACUCAACCCCAAAUUGUAAAUAAUUAGAAUAUCAACAGAAAAACAUAUCAACAGUAAUUUUACUGUGUAAUGGAAUACAGCAGUACGAAGAAGGAGCUACUAAUGCAUGCAGCACCACUGAUAGAUCUUAAGACUGUGCUGAGCAAAAGAAGCCAGGUCAAGAGGGUAGACUGUAUUAUGUCUAUUUAUAUAAAAUCCUAGGAAAGACAUCUAAACUAGAAGGAUAGAAAGAAAGUAGACCAUUCAUUGCCUAAGGCUGGGCGCAGUGGGUGUGAGGAUCCACUGGUGAGAGGAAGAAAGGAAUUUUUUAUGGUGGAAUGUUCCAUAUAUAAAUGGUGAUGUUUACAAAGCUGUAUAAAUUUUUAGAACCCAUCGAAAUAUAGUAAAAAUUUGUAUAUGUUGCACAAAGUACACUUCUAUACAGUUAACUCUUAAAAUAAUAAAAGUGAGUUUAGGGUCCCCAAUAUGUUAUGAAACCUAGUAGAUUCUCAGUUUACUAAACGGCUUAUUGACAUCAGUGCUUGAGUAUUCAUUCCCUUUCUUCCCAUAUGGCUGUGACCUGGGAGAGUCAGUUCUCCUUGAAUACGUCUCAGUUUCCUCAUCACCAUGAUGCGGGUAAUUACCUAUAAUCCUUUUUGAUGGAGUUUUCUGAGUUAAUCUGUGUCAGUUCCUUAAUAAGUGAGCAAUAGGUAAUUAUCGGCAUUAAAUAUUUUACCAGUAUUAUUUUUUUUAAAAAAGAAAAUAAAUGCCUAUGCUCCUUAAAAGGGCCUAAACAAAAAUAAAAAAGAUAAAUUAGGCCUAAAGGAGAUUCUUCCACGAUGUGGUGGGGGUGUUGGAGUUCCUCAUACUAUAGUAGCAUCAAUUUUUCUUAAACUCUCUGAUGAGAUUGUUUCUGAAAAUUUUUAAAUCUCAAGCCUUUUAUUCUCCUGUCAACUGGCUAAAGGACUUAGCCCAGUUUAUAACUGUUGAGUUCCCAACAAAUUGCUUUUCCACAAAAAGUUUGGGCAUGACUUCAUGCAUCUCCAGCUUCUCUCUGCUAGAAGUUUGAAGAAUCCAGAACUAAGCUGGAGUACUGUCAACCUUGGGUUUUUUGUUAUACUCCCGGAUAGAAGUUACACAGCAGAUGUAUAAAUACUCUAGAGAAAAAUUAUUUCAAGUAUUGAAGAAUUGCACACACCCACCACUUAGCUUUUUUCAGCAUAUAAUGGCCACUCUUGCCUUGAGUUCAGUUUCCAUGUUACACAGGAGGUGAUUUCAGUUGUGUCCCAUGAUGCAUUUUACACAGAAACUGCAUUGAGUUAUCUAGACAGUAGAAUCACAUCACAACAAUUUCCAAAAGAGAAGAGGAUUCAGAGACUGGCAGCUGAGUUGGCCCUCAUCGUGGGCAAAAAGAAUGAAGUUUCACAUUCGCUAUGGUUUGAAUGUGUUCCCCAAAGUUCAUGUGCUGGAAACUUAAUUCCUAAUGCAACAGAGUUCAGAUAUGAAAUCUUUAAGAGACAAUUAGGUCAUGAGUGCUUUCCCAUCAUGAAUGGAUUAAUUUCUCUCACACGAGUGGGUUUAUUAUCAAGACAGCGACUUUGUUAUAAAAGCAAGUUGAGCCCUCUUGUGCUUUCUCAUGGGUACACUCUUAAAUGUGAUGCCUUCUGCCAUGUUAUGAUGUAGCAAGAAGUCUCUCACCACAUGCGGCCCCUUGAUCUUGGACUUUCUAGCCUCCAAAAGUGUUUUUUUUCAUAAACUUUUAUUUAUAAGCUCUGCAGUUUCUGGUGUUCUGUUAACACAAAAUGGACUAAACAUUCUUCACACAUGUCAGGACCUGAAAAAAUAACCACCAUCAUUUCAAGUGGUAAAGGGAACCCUGCCAGUGUGUAGAGUUCAUGGGGGCAUGACUUGGGCCACAUCUUGGGAACUCUUCUGAGUUAAGUGUAGAAUUUUAACAAGGAUUCUGAGAGGAGACUGAACUCAAUUCAUAGAUGCCAUUCCAUAUUCCUAAGGGAAACAUUUUUAUCAGUGAUAUGGAUAUGACAGUACUG